AUGGCAAUUAAUACGCCACCAAAUAUUUCUGCUCGCAUCUUUUAUGGACUUCGAACAGAUAUUCAGUACAAUGCUCAUUUUUUAAGCGAUUCGGAGAUCAUUUAUCCUGCUGGGGGAGUUAUUGUAAUCCACAAUCACCUCCAGAAGAAACAGAAGUUUAUCAGACUUCAAGAUAAGCAUAAACCUAUUAAAUCACUAGUGCUUGCUCCGAAUAGACGAUGGCUUGCUCUAAACGAAAUAGCGGACGAAGGCCAAAAGCCUAUCAUAACAAUUUACGACUUAACCACGUACAAGAGGCGCAAGAUUUUAACAGUACCGUUCGAGAAUUCAACUGCCAGAGAGUUCGCGUGUGUACAGUUCACGUACGACUCCAAGUAUCUCGUGGCGAUAACGGGCGAGCCGGACUGGUACUUAUAUUAUUACAAUUGGGACAAAGGAAAAGUGGAAAGUCACGCUAAAGCGCAAAAUCCUAGCGGUCAAGGAAUCGUUGAAAGCGUGCAAUGUAAUCCUUCGGAUGCAACAUUAGUCGUGAUUACGGGACCGUACACAUUCCGUAUUAUGAAUGUAUCCGAAACUGUAUGGCGUCAAUGGGGAUGGUGUAAAGCAGAAAAUAUCAACAUAACCAGUUGCAUGUGGCUAACAUCUGACCGUAUCAUGUUCGGCACCGACAACGGUGUCAUAAUGAUAGUUGAGAAUGGAGAGCUGCGACAUCAUUGUGUUUUUCGAGCUGUAGAUGUCAUGGAAAUGUCCCUGAAGAAAGUGGAGACUGAGGCCGAAGAAAGUGAGAAGACGAGUACAGCCAGUAAGCCUGAUACCACGAGUGAUCCAGGACUCCUAGAUUCCGAAAUCUACCCAGUCACUUGUUUUGUUAAUUUUCAGAAAGGUUUUGCGUUUUCGUGUGGUCCCGGCUACGUCCACAUGUUCGAGAAAGAGACAAUCCAUCAUUGGAGAAAGAGAAACGUCUUCCGAGUUUCCAAGAAGUCUUAUAAACACACAAGAGAAGAUCCUAUGUGGUCAUCUUUGGAUGAAAUUCAACACAUUACAAUAGAUCCGAACCAGGAAACGUUGCUUAUCACUACGUUACGAAAACAAUUGUACACCGUCAAGUUGUUUGGGCAACACAUGCUGCAGAACCCAGAAAUAACAUUCAGUGAACUCGGUCCAUCGAUGCACUAUGGUCGUAUUAACUCACUUUCAAUGUGCGCCUGGAAACCAAUAUUUAUGACAUCUGGCGAGGAUGAUAAGAGUAUCCGAAUUUGGAAUUACAUGACGGACGAUGUCGAAAUGAUUAAACUCUACCAGGAAGAGAUACACUGUCUAUUUGCUAUAGUUGGAUUCUCCGAUAAAUUGCGUUAUAUGGUUGUGCUUAUUGAUGACUUCGAAGUGAUGCGGGAGUUCCCCAUACGAAACUGUAAGCGAGUGAAGUUCAGCACUAACGGACACCUGUUUGCCGCUGUAAAUGGUCAGGUUAUUCAAGUCUUUUCAUCUGUAUCAUUCCAAAAUGUUUUCAAUUUAAAGGGGCACAAUGGAAGGGUGACUUGUUUAGCAUGGUCAGCUAAUGAUCUUACCCUAGUAUCGUGUGGUACUGAAGGUGCUGUUUACGAAUGGAGUAUGUCUACCGGACAGCGUGUUGGGGAAGUAAUUUUAAAAACGAAUCAAUUCAAUGCUUGCGCUGUCAACAGCAUCGGCAAAACUACGUACGGAGUUGGUACCGAUGGAGAAAUUAAAGAAAUUGGUUCCAACACAAUAAGGAGGAAUUUGGCACUGAUUGGCUGCGCUUUAGAUACAAUAGUAUUGUCUCGUUCCGACAUGAUGAUUUUUAUCACUGGCGGAGAAGGAGGGGUGACGUCCGUGCAGCUUCCACUCUUGGAUAAAGCUAUUUUUAAUGAAUUCCACAUGCACAACAAGAAAGUUACCGGCAUUGCUUUGGCCUAUGACGACCAAACACUUGUGUCUGUUGCGGAAGACUCAUCCAUUUGUCUGUGGCGGCUCACAAAUGCAGACGGUAGAGCGAUAGCGUUGGACAAAGAUUUUGCAUAUUCGAAAGAAAUUUUAAUUAGUAAGAAAGAUUUGCAAGAGAAAAUUAACAGUAUAAAUUUAUUAAGCACUAGAAUGAGUGAACUUGAAACUGAACACACAUAUCAACUUCGUCAAGCUGAAGCCACUCAUGCUGAGAAACUUAAAGAAGUUCACGAAGGUUAUUGUGCUGCUAUAGAAGAGCUUAAAGAAAAAAACGAGACGAUGGAAAAUGAGCACACCCAUGAAAUUGGCAUGAUACAACAAGACAUAGCAAAAUUACGUUCAAGCCAUGAAAGAACGCUGCAAACUUUAGAAGCCGAUUUCAACGUCAGGCUCAUCAGUGAAUACGACAGAUAUCAGAGUUUGGAAGAUAAAACAGCACGAAUGAGAAAAGAUUAUGAACAACGUUUAGAAGAACUGGCUGAAAGCAAGCGUCAGGCUCUUCGAAAACUUACUGAGAAAUUUGAAGCAAACCUUGAGGAGAAGGAACAUCUUUUGCAAGAAUUACAAGAACAAGCUGAAAUUGAGAAAAAGGAACAUGAAACAAUAAAAGCUUCAAUUGAAGAAGACGCUGAUCGUGAAAUUAUAGAGAUUAGAACAGCUUACGAGGUUCAGCUUAAAGAAGAAAAAGACGCUAACGUAAGACUAAAAGGAGAAACUGGCCUAAUGAAGAAAAAGUUAAUCGCCGCUAAUAAAGAAAUUGAUGAAUUUAAACAUCAAGUAUCCCAGUUAAAAGCCGAACACAAACAAUUUCAAAAAGUGAUUUCAACAUUGGAACGUGAUGUCGCCGAUCUGAAAAAGGAAAUUUAUGAAAGAGAUGGAACAAUUCAAGAUAAAGAAAAGAGAAUUUACGCAUUAAAAAGGAAAAAGCAAGAGUUGGAGAAGUAUAAAUUUGUGUUAAAUUUCAAGAUUACCGAGCUCAAGAAUCAGAUUGAACCUAAAGAAAGGACUAUACAAGAAUUGAAAGUGCAAAUUGAUGAUAUGGUGAACGAAGAACAAAAACUACUAAAUAUUAAGCAUGAUCUUGAACUUACUAUUACUCAGUUGAAUGAAAAGUUAGCAUCCGCUAAGAAGGAUUAUCUCGCCGAAGCAAACAGGAACUUGACUUUAAAGAACAUAUUAAAAAAAAUUAAAAUUGAUCUCCAUAAUAUGUCUGCGAAUCUUCAAGAUCCCACAAAACUGAAAUUGAGUGUAAAGGCAUUGUUCCACAAGUACGUGGAGGAUGUGGACUUCAUCCGCAGCCGAGUGGCGGAUGACGAGGCGGUGCGGGAGUUCAACCGGCAGCGUGAUCACCUUGAAAAGCAAAUCGCUGCACUCAAACAACAACUGUCCAAAUGCCUCGGGGGCUCGAAGAGCGAUAUCACUAAGAUUAUGGAUGAAAACUGCACACUUUUGACUGAGAUCAACAACUUGCGUACUGAGUUAAAGUCUACCCGUUCACGUUGCUUUCAAAUGGAGUCUAUUCUUGGUCUCUCUGCGCGCUACGUACCUCCGGCAGCAGCUCGUGCAAAGCUCAAGCAGGUGACAGAAGAUCGUGAAAAACUUGAUGAAGAAUUUAAACAAAAAAUUGAGGAAAGAGAAGAAAUAAUAGGGGCGCUGAAGGAAGAAAACGAACGGCUACUUGCAAAGUUCCAGUGCACGGAAGAACCUAAAACAAACUCUGGAUUAUCAUUUGAUAACUAA